GACAAAUGUUCAGUUUUAAAAAUGUAAUGAAAUUUAAAGAAAAUAUUAAUAUGAAACAGCUUAAAGUAUUAUAAAUUUAAUGAAUAAAUAACACUUUUGUAAAUCCCGCGAGGCUAUCUACAAUUCAUCGGUUAUUGACACAUUACCAAUAUGGCGCUUAAGUGUAAAAGACGUGCUUUUAUGGUAUAUAUCGUAAUCUGAUUCUCAUGCAAUUAAAAAAUUCUGGAACGUAUUCGUCCUUGCUGUAUUUUGGAUUCAGAAAAACAUUCCUCAAACCUUGAAUCAUGACUUGAAUUUAAGGAAGAAUUUUUUUAAUAUUAUAUGAAAGAUGCAAACUUAAGAGAUUAAAUUUAUAACUUGUACCAAAUAACAAAAAAAAAUGCCAAGUUUACGCAAGAAGGUAGCUGGCUUUAUGCGCCAACUAUCUAUUAGUAAUUUGGCUGGUGCUGUUGAAAAUAUGGGACUAGGAGAACAACCUCUUCGUAGUCCAAGAUCAGUAACACAGGAUUUUCCAAGCGAAUGUUUCAUUACACGGUAUCUUAAUGGAUUAGAAACAAAACAAGAAGGUCCACCGAUCUUGCACGGUAGAAAUCCAGAGGAAUUACCUGUUAAGCAACUUGGGAAUUAUCAAGAUGAUAAAGAUGUGUUUGCUGCUUUAACAGGCCCAGAUAGUGGACUUACAGCAGUUAAUCUUCAAGAAAGACAUCUAAGUAUGAACGAUAUUGAUAUUGAUUAUAUUGAUAUGCUGGAUCAGAGUGAGCAAUAUAGAACAGGAUCAAAUUCAUCUUCCGUUGUAAUUGCUGGAGCUCCAAAUUGGUUUCUUCCUCAUGAAAUGGCUUAUGGUAUUGCUACAACAUUAUAUGAAAAAAACCCUAUAAAUAGUAUUAACAAUGGAGAACCAAUUGCCGACUGCUUUGGCAUUUCUGCAAGACAAAAUUCAGCAAUAUUGGCUCUGGCCGAUGGUGUCAAUUGGGGUACAAAGGCAAGCAUUGCAGCAAGAUCUGCGGUGCAUGGAAGCAUGGAAUACUUGAAUAAAGCUCUUUUUUCACCUUCGAUAAAUAGUGCUAUAACUACGACAAAAGAUGUUUUUGUAGCCCUCCUACGUUCAUUCCAUGCAGCACAUUCGUUAAUACUUCAGGAACAAGGCAUGCUCACAACAUUGACCGUAUGUGCUGUUCUACCUUUAGAGAGCACAACCACUAAUUCCAGUAUUCACCAUAAAAAAUUUGUGGCUUGUACAUGCAAUGUUGGUGAUAGUUUAGCAUACGUAUAUUCAAGAAAAACUGGUGUCAGAGAAAUAACACGAGGAUCUCAUGAUAUUCAUUGUAUGCGUGAUAUGCGUGAUGCAUUAGGGGCUUUGGGACCUGUUGAUGGAUCUAAUCCAGAAUUAAAUAAUUUAACGCUCGCUAUAACUGAAGUUGAACUUGGCGAUGUUGUAUUCUUAACCAGUGAUGGUAUAUCAGAUAAUUUUGAUCCAGUAGUUGGAAAAUUUGCAGUUCUACCAAAUCACAAUGCUACUUCUGAUGUAACAAUAUCAAUGAAAAGUAACAAUGAUGUAAGAACAAAAACAAGAAGAAAAUCAGCAGAAAAUUUACGGCAUACAGAGUCUGGUAAUAGCAACGGAAAUAGUAAUAGUUUACCUGUGGUAGAAGCAUAUCAAAGACACGAGCUUACGCUCCUUAGAAUGGAAGAUUUAUUACGAAGAGGAGUUUCUGGUGAAGGACCACCAUGUAAUAGUGCCAAACAUCUUUGUGAACUUCUCUUAGAUUUUGCAGUACGUAUUACAGCUGCCAAACGAAGAAUAUUAGAAGAUACAGAUUUAUAUUAUGCACAACACAAAGAUGGCCAAUUAGUGCAAUUGUCCAAGCAAGAACAACGAAGUAAACGAAAAAAGACAUUAGAUAAAAUAUCUAUGAUUCCAGGGAAAUUAGAUCAUGCAACAGUCGUGGCAUAUGUAGUUGGAGCAUAUAAUUCAUCAGAAUGUAAUCUAUAAUCAUUUCGAAUAUUAGACAUUAUUUUUUAUUUAACCAAAAAAAAAAAAAAAAAAAAAAAAAAAUCUUUUA